AUGGCCGACCCUACCACGUCAGAGUUCGUGACACUUGUGUCAUGCGAUGGCUUUGAAUUCAUUAUCCCCGGGAGUGCCGCCUGCAUAUCGGGGACCAUCCGGCGCAUGUUGGACCCUGCAAGUAAAUUCUCAGAGGCACUCAGUGGUCGCUGUGUGCUGGAGAACUUAACUGGCAUCGUCCUCGAGAAAGUAUGCGAAUACUUUAUGUACAACGAGAAGCACAAGGAUCAGGCAAAUGUGCCUGAUAUGGAGAUUCCAGCGGAGCUAUGUCUGGAGCUCUUGAUGGCUGCCGAUUACUUGGACACUUGA